AUGUCUCGAAUUAUGACCAAGAUGUGGGAAAAGCGUUGCCUGCGUCCUGUCCAGGGCUCAGUCUCCACAAUCCCUGUCUUUAUCUAUGGCACAGCGUGGAAGAAAGACCGCAGUGCAGACUUGGUCUACACUGCACUCAGUGCUGGGUUUCGGGCUGUGGAUACAGCAGCCCAACCUCGUCACUAUCAAGAAUCACUUGUGGGCGAUGGGAUCCGCCGAGCUAUAGCCGAUGGGAUGGUCCGCCGGGAAGACCUAUACAUACAAACCAAGUUUAGUCCCGUGAGGGCACAGGACCCGAAAAAUAUCCCGUAUGAUCCCGCUGCAUCCAUAACGGAGCAGGUUCACACUUCUAUCAGAGCAUCUCUACACAAUCUCCGACCAUCGAAUGACCCGGGCACCGAGGAUGAUGCCUAUCUCGACACUCUAGUCCUCCACUCGCCGCUCCCAACCAUGGCUCAAAAUCUAGAAGCCUGGUUGGCGCUGGAGACAUAUGUCCCCCACCGCAUCCGCAACCUGGGUAUCUCCAAUUGUUCUCUACCCGUGCUCCACGAGCUAUCCACAUCACCUCACAUAAAGGUAAAACCGGCAGUGGUGCAGAAUCGAUUUUAUCUCGACACCCGGUUUGAUGUCCCCUUGCGGGCUUUUUGUCGUGAGCACCAGAUUAUCUACCAGAGUUUCUGGACCCUGUCCGCCAAUCCAGAGCUUGUCCGAUCCGGGCCUGUCCAGGAACUCGCAGCCCAAGCUCACAUCACUCCCGCAGCUGCCUUGUACACACUCGUGAUGGGACUGGGGGAGGUCACCAUGUUGAAUGGCACCACGAAUGAAACGCAUAUGAGGGAAGAUCUGGCUGCACCUGGGCAGGUCGAGGAGUUGGUGCAAACACAGCCUGAGCUGUGGCAGCAAAUCCAGACUGGGUUCCAGCGCUUGAUUGGGGAGCCCACAAAUGUUGAUUAA